AGUCUCUCGAUGCGUGCUCACCUUCCCCUCCUCUGCUGCUUCCUCGCAGUCAGAUCUGCUGCUGCCUUCCUCCCGAGCCCGACAGGGCUGUCGGCAUGCGCACCAGCACAGGCUGCUUGCUGCGGGCUUGCGCUGCGUCCCGCUACCUCUGCAACCAAGAGCGCUGCCUCCUUGCGACGCUCCCCCCUCACGCCUGUGACGAUGGGACUCUUCGAUGCGUUUGCCGGACCCGAGAUCAACGUGGUCAAGCUCCAAGUAGCCGUGCACUGCGACACUCGCGGCCCCUCCUCCCUCCUUGGAACGAUCAGCAGGAUCGCGGACGAGGCGGACACGGAGACGGAGGAAGGACUGGCCGACCUCGUCUCGGAUGUGGCGCUUGCGCUGCUGCGGAAGGAGAGCGAUUGGGUUUCAGCAUCGCUGGAGACGAAAGUGACGAGGGAUGAGGAUGAGGGGGAGUCGCUCUUCGGGCAGUUCUCCUUGCAAGAGCGAGCCAAGAUCGAGCGAGAGACCUUCAACAAAGUGUCAGGCAUCGACAAGUCCGAGUCUCGCAGCUCGGAGGGGAAGCUGGAUGACAUCGGCAAGGCGACUGAGGCUGUCAUCACGAUGAUCCUCGCCAUAGAGGGGAAGGAGCUCCCGAGCGUCAAGGAUAUGAAGUUGCUUGCCGCGGAGAUCAUGUGGACGCCAGAGGAGCCUUGGGAGGUAGAGGAGGAGGAGGAGGAGGGAGCAGGGAAGGGGGAGGAGGGAGAGACGGGAGAUGAGGAGGAGGGAGAGGACAUAGAGGAGGAGGACAUAGAGGAGGAGGACAUAGAGGAGGACAUAGAGGAGGACAUAGAGGAGGAGGAGGAGACUAUUACCAAGGAGGAUCUUAUGUUGGAGUACCCCAAGCUUCUCCCCUUGUGA